UGAUCGAGAAGCAGAACUAAAACCAACUUUGUAGUGAGGUUUUAGAAAGCAUGGGGUCUAAUAUGGCCUCUCUUAUAGUUACUCUUUUAGUGGUCACAGUCUCUUUAAGUUUCCCUUCACAAACCACAGCAAACUACCCAUACCACUCUCCUCCUCCUCCCAAGAAAUCACCACCUCCACCGGUGCAUCCUCCACCUUACCAUUACAAAUCACCACCCCCUCCUCCUCCAGUUUACUCUCCACCUCCUCCACCACCUUACAAGUACAAGUCUCCACCACCUCCACCACCUGUUUAUAAAUACAAAUCUCCUCCCCCACCACCAGUGCACUCUCCACCACCACCACACCACAAGAAACCAUACAAGUACAAGUCUCCUCCUCCACCACCUCCAGUGUACUCUCCUCCACCACCACACAAGAAGCCAUAUAAGUACAAGUCUCCUCCACCACCACCUUAUAAGUACAAGUCCCCUCCCCCACCACCACCAGUGUACUCUCCUCCUCCACCACCCAAGAAGCCAUACAAGUACAAGUCUCCUCCACCACCACCCUACUACAAGUACAAGUCCCCUCCCCCACCACCACCAGUUAAAGUCCCUCCCCCACCACCACCCUACAAGUACAAGUCCCCUCCCCCACCACCACCAGUGUACUCUCCUCCUCCACCACCCAAGAAGCCCUACAAGUACAAGUCUCCUCCUCCACCACCCUACAAGUACAAGUCCCCUCCCCCACCACCACCAGUGUACUCUCCUCCUCCACCACCCAAGAAGCCAUACAAGUAUAAGUCUCCUCCACCACCACCCUAUAAGUACAAGUCACCUCCACCACCACCUCCAGUUUACAAAUAUAAGUCUCCACCACCACCACCACCAGUCCACAAGCCACCUCCCCACUACUACUAUUCAUCUCCUCCUCCUCCUCCUCCUCACCACUACUAGAUUACGCGUUCCACAGCUUCAGGAAAGGGAUGUAAAAAAUAAAAAGAAGAGAUUCUCGAUCAACAGAGAGAUCUACAGUGAGGGACAAAAGCGAGCUUCCUUAUUUGAUGCAUGUAGUAUAUUUUAAUGCUUGUUUAGAAGAAGAGAAUAAAGGCGUGCAUGUAAUGUAAUGUAGGAUAUAUCAUUAUUAUUAUUCAAAGUGUUUAAUAAUUUCAUGUUUUGCUAUAAAGUUAGUUAUUGGAUCCGACCCAUUUGCGGCUCUGUCAACAGAAAGUGAUGUAGAUGUGCUUCGCUGCGUGCUUGUCAAAUGAAGGGUUAAUUAUAUUUUAUCGUGAGAAUAAAUACAGUAUUCAAAAUAUCUCA